AUGAGACUGUUAACUCACAACAUGCUAUCAUCGAACAUCAAGGGAGUCGCAAAUGGAUUCCCGUUAAAGAUCGAGGUUGUGACAGUUGUCGAGAAGGAGGUUGAAUUCAAUAUCGAAUUCCUUAAGAAGAUGUUCAGUAAAGUUGAAUGGAAGGCACUUGCGGAAGCUUCUAGAACAAUGGGAUACACCGAGCUGCCCGAAAAUGCUGAUGCAUCUAUGCUUGAUUCGGAUGAUUUUCUGCAUAAGUUUCACCAUGCGCUUCUUGAGCUUCAUCUGGAAGAAGGGGCGUUGGUUUGUCCGGAGACCGGUAGGAAGUUUCCGGUUAAUAAAGGGGUUCCUAAUAUGCUCCUUCAUGAAGAUGAGGUUUGAUUAGGUUUUUUUUGGGUAUUAAUGUGUUUUGGUUUGGAGAAAUGGGCACUAUUAUUAGGGUUUAAGGGGUUUGUUAUGAUUUUAUCAUCUUGAUUGUAAGGCGCUAUCAUUGGAAGACAUUGUUGAUAUUAAGGUGUAAUUGUCAUUACUUCUUUGUUGCAUCACUAUAUUUGAGAUAUUGUGUUGUAUUCGAAAUUAAAGCAUUCAAAGUUCCAUAA